AUGCAUUUCCUACCUCCCCUCGGCGAAACCUUCUAUGCAUACCGAGGCGCGACAGAAGACCUGGUGCAAUGGAUCGCAACAACAGCGCGCGCGACGGGUACUGUUGAAGAUUUAUUCGACGAGGAUGUACCUAUAUCGCCUCCGUCCUUCCUCCAGAGGCUGAAAGACAAACACGCAGGACCGCUGUCCAGGAUGCGAAAGCUGAGAGGCAAACUACGAAACCGGACCAAGUCAACGAGCACCGUCACCUCUCCCUCGGCGAUUGAAAUCUCUUACAAGACCUUGAAACGACUCGGCAAAGCAAUCGCGACCGCAGGGAAUAUCGAAAUACCAUUCAACGUCUUAGUGGUGCUCAAAGGCAUCAUACACGCUCGGAAGGGAUUUGCCACGUAG